AUGGGCCGCACAGUCGAGGACGACGACGCAAUGGGCAAUCCGGUCAUCGGGCUGCUGGGGGGCGGGCAGCUAGGACGCAUGCUGUGCGAGGCGGCCAACCCGCUGGGGAUUGACAUUGCCAUCCUCGACGGCAAGGACGCGCCGGCCAAGCAGGCGCACAGCACCGGCCGCCACGUCGCCGGCUCCUUCAAGGACCCCGCCAAAAUCCGCGAGCUCGCCGCCCGCUCCGACUACCUGUCGGUCGAGAUUGAGCAUGUCGAGACGGAUGUGCUUGAGGACAUUGAGAAGAAUGGCGUCGACAUCAGGCUCGCCAACGGCUCCACCGUCACCCACCGGCCCCCCAUCCACCCCUCGUGGCGCACCAUUCGCCUCAUCCAGGACAAGUAUCUCCAGAAGGAGCACUUCGCCGCCAGCGCAAGCAAGAUCCCCAUUGCCGCCCAGCUAGCUGUCGAGUCUGGCGAUGCCGGCCUCGCCUCGCUCCAGCAUGCCGCCAAAGAGUUUGGCUUUCCCUUCAUGCUCAAGGCCCGCAAAGGGAGCUACGAUGGCAGGGGCAAUUUCAAGGUCGAUAGCGACGCCGACUUUGCCCCUGCCCUCGCCGCUCUGGGAAAGCUGCCCCUUUACGCCGAGAAGUGGGCCCCCUUUGUGAAGGAGCUUGCUGUCAUGGUCAUCAGGACAGAAGACGACGAAGGCCAUCUCAGGAACUGCGUUGCCUACCCCGCCGUCGAGACAGUGCACGAGGACAGCGUGUGCACCAAGGUCUUCAUGCCCCCCAGGGACGUCGCAGAGAAAGUCUGCGAGGACGCCAGAGCACUGGCCUGCAACGUCAUCAGCACCCUGUGGGGUCGCGGCGUCUUUGCCGUGGAAAUGUUUGUUCUCGAAGACGGGUCCCUAGUGGUCAACGAGGUUGCUCCCCGCCCGCACAACUCGGGCCACUAUACAAUCGAGGCCGUGCCUUACAUGUCGCAAUAUAAGGCCCAGAUAUACGCCGUCCUGGACCUCCCAAUCCCCGAGACGCUGACACCUAGGGUCCCCUCGUCCAUCAUGCUCAACAUACUGGGAGGUGCUGCGCCAGACUCCCACCACAGACUGGCACGGCUGGCGCGGUCCGUGUACAGUGAUAGCAUGGACGUCUACUUGCACCUCUACGGGAAAGAGUCAAAGCCCGGCCGCAAGAUAGGCCACAUCACCUUGACGGGGCUCUCGUCCAUCGAGGAGUUGGAGAAGGAAGCUCGACCUUUUAUCAAACUGGUCGACACUAUCAGGAAAGAGCGGCUCGACGCCGUGUCGGAGCAACUCCGCCCUCAGGCGGAGCCCUCGAUUGACGUGUCCGAGAAAAAAUCUCCAGAGACACUAAAGAGCUCCAAGUCCGAGAAGAAACCAAUCCGGCCUGAGACGGGCAAUCAUGUAGAUGGGCCCUCAGACAAGCCUCUGGUGCUCGUGACGAUGGGCUCCGACUCGGACCUCCCUGUGCUGAAGGCCGGGCUGGAUAUUCUCAAAGAUUUCAAGGUUCCGUAUGCCCUGGACAUCACCUCAGCUCACCGAACACCCAAGUAUAUGAUGCGUGUCGCCGACGAGGCCGCAGGUAAAGGCAUCAAAGUAAUCAUUGCCGCGGCCGGCGGAGCCGCCCAUCUUCCCGGCAUGCUGGCAUCGGAGACGCCGCUGCCCGUCAUUGGCGUGCCCGUCAAGGCCACGCAUCUUGACGGCAUGGACAGCUUGUUGAGUAUCGUGCAGAUGCCGAGGGGAGUUCCCACCGCUACGGUUGGCAUCAACAACUCAACCAAUGCGGCCCUGCUGGCCAUCCGUAUUCUCGGCGCUUUUACCCCCCGCUACCAGGAAAAGAUGCGGAAGUACCAGCUCGACAUGGAGGAGGCCGUCAUUGAGAAGGGAAAUAAGCUUCGCACGGCAGGCGACACCGAGUAUCUCGUCGAAAUGAAGGGAAAGUCUAAGUAG